AUGAUUGGUCGAGGAAAUCCACGCGUCGCACUGGAUUCCGUGCUGACAACGCGAGCCAGACCCCAGGAAGCCGCAACCCUGGCACCCCCGAAUUACGCAAAACUCAUGCAAAUGACCUCGGAAGAGGCCGCCUGCCCCCCAGUACAGAUGGAACCAGUCGAUCUCUGCGUGAAGGGCAAAAAAAGUGUGGACCUCAAGGAGUUGAAGAAGGACAUCACCGAACUAGAGGAGAUCAAAUCGAAUUCACCCCGAGUAGUGUCCCCACCCUCUUCUCCCACCUCUCGAUCGUCAUCGUCUUCGAGCAAUGACAAGACAACGAUCGAAAAAAGUGACAUUUCAGAAGAAAUCCUCAGAGCGGCUAUGCUGGAUGGCCACGUACCUUCCACCCCACCUUUUCUCUCUCUACAAAAACUCAAGGAAGCCUCAUUAGCAAUCUCGUUACUCCACCAGCAGAAGGCUCGCAAUGGAUCUCUCAAUCCGUUCUUGAGAAACGCAUCGAUUUUCGCGGCAGCAGCGGCAGCUGUUGCGGCGAACCAUCGAAUACCUCACUUGGGGGUGGGCCUGCCCCCACCGGCUACGUUUGAUACGACGUUGAGCCGAUCCAGUUCAGUUUCGAGUCACGGAAGCGUCUCUCCAGCGGUCUCGGAUCUUCUCCUUCCCCCUCCAUCUUCUUUCGCAGGAAUUUCCCCAUUGAGUUUUCCUCCGCUCUCGUCCGCAACGAAUUUAGCGACGGCGACGACUUCGACCACAUCUCCAACCCUUCCCGCUUCGCCCACAUCUACCUCCGACUAUAUAGAUUCGCUGAAAAGACGAAAAAUCCACAAGUGCGACUUCGAAGGUUGCGAAAAAGUCUACACAAAGAGUAGUCAUCUCAAGGCUCACAAACGGACGCAUACUGGCGAGAAACCUUAUACAUGCACAUGGGACUCAUGUACCUGGAAGUUUGCGCGGAGCGACGAGCUCACAAGGCACUAUCGGAAGCACACGGGGCAGAAACCCUUCAAGUGCAGCCUCUGUCAAAGAACCUUCUCCAGAUCGGAUCAUCUGUCGCUGCACAUGAAGAGACACUAAAUACUCCAGCGAGUUAGGAGAUCUUCUCCGGAAUUUCAUAUAGGCAACAUACUGAUAAUUAGGAGCCCUAUUCUUGUUGGAAACACCCAGAGGUGAUC